AUGAACGUCUCCCCCAGCCGAGACAGCUCCGGGCCCAUCGUCCGACUUAGUGUGUCUAAUGAUUGGCCCGAAUUCGAGGUCAAGAAUGAGUUCAGCGAUACCACGGAAACGUGCUUCGUGCGUCUCGCUGCUCAAUUCGCCGCGGGCGAGCUCGAUCUUCCUGGAUACAUGGAUGGGGUGCUGUCGCACCUGCAGAAGAACGGCCCGAGACACAAGUGGGAUGUGCCCGUCAAGAACGGAAUAGCCAAUUUCAUGGAGCUGGACUUGUUUGCUGGGGCGGUGAAGAGAUGGUUCCUGGAGCCGAGCUUUGUUCCGCUGGAAAAGGAAGACCUGGCCAUCCUCGCGUGGACGGUCAACGACCCUGCAGGAUUCGUUCGCCGCUGCCAGCAAACUGGUCUUGAUCCGAAAUCUCUCACGCCAGAGCUGGCCGACCUGCUCCUUGUGCUCUGCUACUGCAGGCGUCACAUAGCCCUCUUUGCCCACCUCAUAAGAACCUGCCCGGAUCCUCCUCCGCAGACCACGUUCGACGCCGUGGAGCGCCACGUGCUGCACAACACCCGCGUCGACCCCUACAAGACUCUCUUCCAGCACUCGCCAAAAGCCAUCACUAACUCGUCAGAUGAGGUCACCCUGUGGACCGAGAUCCUCAAAUCGCGCUGA